AAUGGACUGAAACCCGCAUUAUCUGACUGCGGGUUGUCCUCCAACGUAGCAUUCGUUUUAGCUCCAAAGGGAAGUAGUCCAAUUUUCCAUGACUGUAAACGCACCAUUCUCCAUCUUCCUCCAACCAGGGAAAGGACCGUUCAGCGAUUUUCCCUCUCAGUUUCACACACGACCAGGCUUAAAGGGCCAGAAUCAUGACAGACUCCAAAUAUUUCACCACAAACAAAAAAGGGGAGAUCUUUGAGCUGAAGGCAGAGCUGAACAAUGAGAAGAAGGAGAAGAGAAAAGAGGCAGUGAAGAAGGUCAUCGCUGCCAUGACUGUGGGCAAAGAUGUUAGCUCUUUGUUCCCAGAUGUGGUUAACUGCAUGCAGACUGACAACCUGGAGCUGAAGAAGUUGGUCUAUCUGUACUUGAUGAACUAUGCCAAAAGCCAGCCUGACAUGGCCAUCAUGGCCGUGAACAGCUUUGUCAAGGACUGUGAGGACCCCAACCCUCUGAUCCGGGCUCUGGCCGUCCGUACCAUGGGCUGCAUCCGCGUGGAUAAGAUAACAGAGUACCUGUGUGAGCCACUGAGGAAGUGUUUAAAGGAUGAGGACCCAUAUGUGAGGAAGACUGCAGCUGUUUGUGUGGCUAAGCUGCAUGACAUCAAUGCUCAGAUGGUGGAAGACCAGGGCUUCCUGGACUCUCUGAGAGAUCUCAUUGCUGACUCAAAUCCAAUGGUGGUGGCCAAUGCGGUUGCUGCUCUGUCUGAGAUCAGCGAGUCUCACCCCAACAGCAACCUGCUGGACCUGAAUCCUCAGAACAUCAACAAGCUGCUGACGGCCCUCAACGAGUGCACGGAGUGGGGGCAGAUCUUCAUUCUGGACUGCCUGUCCAACUAUAACCCCAAGGAUGAGCGUGAGGCUCAAAGCAUCUGUGAGCGUGUCACUCCUCGACUGUCUCAUGCCAACUCAGCCGUUGUUCUGUCAGCUGUUAAGGUCCUGAUGAAGUUCUUAGAGCUACUGCCUAAAGACUCGGAUUAUUACAACACGCUGCUGAAGAAAUUAUCCCCCCCGUUGGUUACCUUGCUGUCUGGAGAGCCGGAGGUCCAGUAUGUAGCUCUCAGGAACAUCAACCUCAUUGUUCAGAAGAGACCUGAGAUCCUGAAGCAGGAGAUUAAGGUGUUUUUCGUUAAGUAUAACGACCCGAUUUAUGUGAAACUGGAGAAAUUGGACAUCAUGAUCCGCUUGGCCUCUCAGGCCAACAUUGCCCAGGUUUUGGCUGAAUUGAAGGAGUACGCCACAGAGGUAGACGUUGACUUUGUACGCAAGGCCGUACGAGCCAUCGGACGCUGUGCCAUCAAAGUGGAGCAAUCAGCUGAGCGCUGUGUCAGCACUCUUCUAGAUCUGAUCCAAACUAAGGUCAACUACGUGGUUCAGGAGGCCAUUGUGGUCAUCAGGGACAUUUUCCGCAAGUACCCCAACAAGUAUGAGAGCAUCAUCGCCACACUGUGUGAGAAUCUGGACUCCCUGGAUGAGCCCGACGCACGAGGUGCUAUGAUCUGGAUCGUGGGCGAGUACGCAGAGAGGAUCGACAAUGCUGAUGAGCUGCUGGAGAGUUUCCUUGAGGGCUUCCAUGAUGAGAGCACCCAGGUGCAGCUCACUCUGCUGACCGCCAUCGUCAAACUGUUCCUUAAGAAGCCAUCAGAGACUCAGGAGCUGGUGCAGCAGGUCCUCAGUUUGGCCACUCAGGACUCCGACAACCCCGACCUCCGUGACAGGGGUUAUAUUUAUUGGCGCCUGCUCUCUACUGACCCUGUGACAGCCAAAGAGGUGGUGCUGUCAGAAAAGCCUCUGAUCUCCGAGGAGACUGACUUGAUCGAGCCCACCUUGUUGGAUGAGCUGAUCUGCCACAUCGGCUCGCUGGCCUCCGUCUAUCACAAACCACCCAGUGCCUUUGUGGAGGGAAGCCACGGUGUCCACCGCAAACACCUUCCUGUCCAGCACAGCAGCAUCGACACAGGUGAGAGCCCCGUGAGCGGUGGGCCGGCCACUGCCAUGGAUCAGCCACACGUGAUCCCCAGUCAGGGAGACUUACUGGGUGACCUGCUGAACCUGGACCUGGGCCCUCCAGUCAAUGUUCCCCAAGUGUCCUCCAUGCAGAUGGGUGCGGUGGAUCUUCUGGGUGGAGGCCUGGAUAGUCUGCUGGGAGGAGACCUGGGCGGAGGUGUUGGGGGAAGUCCAGCAGUGGGGCAAAACUUCAUCCCUUCAUCUGUCCCCAGUACGUUUGCUCCAUCUCCCACACCCGCACCUCCAGCUGUCAGCAGCAGCGGCCUCAAUGACCUGUUCGAACUCUCCACGGGCAUGGCCACCACCACCGGAGGCUACAUACCGCAAAAAGCAGUGUGGCUUCCUGCAGCUAAAGCAAAGGGACUGGAGAUCUCCGGAACCUUCUCUCGUCGUCAGGGACACAUGUACAUGGACAUGUCUUUCACCAACAAGGCUCUGCAGCACAUGAAUGAUUUUGCAAUCCAGUUCAACAAGAAUAGUUUUGGGAUGAUCCCCACCAGCCCUCUUCCUAUUCACACUCCGCUGAUGCCCAAUCAAAGUAUCGACGCCUCUCUUCCUCUGAACACCAUCGGACCUGUAAUGAAGAUGGAUCCUCUCAAUAAUCUACAGGUGGCAGUGAAGAACAACAUUGACGUGUUCUACUUCAGCGUUCUCAUCCCUCUCAACAUAUUCUUCGUUGAGGAUGGAAAAAUGGAGCGACAGGUGUUCUUGGCUACCUGGAAGGACAUCCCCAAUGAGAACGAGCUUCAGUACCAGAUAAAAGAAUGUCACCUAAACGCAGACACAGUAUCAGGGAAGCUGCAGAAUAACAACAUCUACACCAUCGCUAAAAGAAACGUAGAAGGCCAGGACAUGCUCUACCAGUCCCUGAAGCUAACCAACGGCAUCUGGAUCUUGGCUGAGCUCCGCAUUCAGCCUGGGAAUCCCAAUUACACGCUGUCCCUUAAGUGUCGGGCCCCUGAGGUGUCUCAGUAUGUCUACCAGAUGUACGACUCCAUACUGAAGAACUGACCUGACCGAGACUCUCCUUCACCCUGGCAACAACCUUCAGUGUUUCUUCAUUUUCUCUUAUCUGCAGCUGAUUGCCACAGCAAAAAAAUAAAAAAUAAAUAAAAAAUCCAAGCAGAUAAUAAAUGAUCAAAAAUAUUUGAUGUACACCCCCCAAGAUACUUGUAGGGUAAAAAUCAGUCAAUACAGUUUGAUUGGAAGUGAUUUGUAGUUGAAACAGUUUUAUCCCUUUUUCUGGCAGUUAAAAACAGUCUCCAUCGCUUUGAUUACACUCCUUAUUUGUGUUUACUUCUCUGUGAAACCUUGCUAACAUUCCAUUCUUAACUAGGUAUCUUAAUGUUGUGAGUGAUGUCGAAACAGUUUCAGUUAAUGAAGCCAUUUUCUUUGUUUUGUGAUCUGUUUUAUUUUAAAAGUUUAUUUUUUAAACUGGCUUUACUUCAGCCGAACCUCCACAAAGACGCCAGUGUUCCCUUUUGCCAUUAUUGUGUGAGGAUGUCUGCAAACUGAAGCUACCGCUGUUUUUUUUUUAUUCCCUGUCAUGAUUUAAACCCACAGCAUGUUUAGUAGAUUUACCCAAAUAUGUGCUGCAUUUAUUUGCCAACAGUACCUUUAUUUUCUGUAACGGUAUAAGAAUAAUUCAUGAAAACAUUCAGACAUUUUUAAAAAACAAGUGACGUAAGAGCUGUAAGUAACUCUGGUGAAAUUUUAGAUUUUGGUGUUUACUUUUUGUGUUUUGUUUGAAACGGAGAUGCAUGCAUAAAAAAUAAUCACUUCUUCAUGCUGGUUGUAGCUGCAGCUUUUUUCAUCUUUCAUCAAGUGUUUUUUUAACUCAUUAUUGCAUAUAAAAGCACAUAAAUGCAAAUGAAAGACAAAUAUUAGAUUAUUCCUAAAGGAAAAUCCUAAACAUCUGCAGAACCCAGUUAAACAGCUUCUAGUGACCAAUAUGACUGAUUGCCAGCUGUUGUGUUGAAACACCCAUUCCACUCCAUUUUACUUAAAACCCUGUCUUAUCGCCCUGUUUACUGCAACUGUAGUUGUUUUCUCAUGGCUUUAUUCACUUAUCAUUCCUAUUUAUUUGCAUCUACCUCCACAUGUUGAUUGUGUCAGUAGCUUCAGUUAUGAUUCCUUUAUCUUCUAAAUGCUGAUGUUUUAUUUUUUUAAUAUUCAUGCCAGUGUAAACUUUUUGAAAUUGGCCAAAAUGCAACUCACAGGACCAAUAAUUCUCUUAGGAUCAAACCUGUGUUUUAAUAAUGUGGUGUCGUUAUAACCUGAUGUUGGCAUUGUGCGGUAGCGCUAACACCUAUAGGCCCGAGUUGUGGUGUGGUCCAGUUAUGGUGUUUGUGGUGUUGUUAAUGAAAAGCUUCUAUCACUCUGAAAUUUAAAUAAAGCUUUGCCUCUAUUCCACAAAGUA